CCGCCCACUCAGGCAUUGUACUCGACCUGCCGCUUGACUUCGCACUUAUCGGGACGGAGCGUCUGCUGCGAGUGUGUCUGCCACAACAUGCCUAACUGGGGAGGUGGAAACAAGUGCGGUGCAUGUGGAAGGACGGUUUACCAUGCCGAAGAGGUGCAGUGUGAUGGAAAGAGCUUUCAUAAGUGCUGCUUCCUUUGCAUGGUAUGCAGAAAAAACCUGGAUAGUACAACAGUAGCUAUUCAUGAUGAGGAGAUUUACUGCCGAUCUUGCUAUGGGAAAAAAUAUGGACCCAAAGGCUAUGGCUACGGACAAGGAGCAGGCACCCUGAACAUGGACAGAGGCGAAAGACUGGGCAUUAAACCAGAAGAAGCACAACAAACACGUCCAAGUACCAGUUCAAACCCGUCAAAGUUUGCUCAGAAGUUUGGAGGAGCUGAAAAGUGUCCGAGAUGUGGUGAAUCAGUCUAUGCUGCUGAGAAAAUAAUGGGAGCUGGGAAGCCAUGGCACAAGAAUUGCUUCAGAUGUGCCAAGUGUGGCAAGAGUCUGGAAUCCACCACUCUGACCGAAAAAGAUGGGGAAAUAUACUGCAAAGCUUGCUACGCUAAGAAUUUUGGACCUAAAGGGUUUGGCUAUGGCCAGGGAGCUGGUGCCCUUGUACAUGCACAGUGAGGAGGAAAAGGCAAAGACUGAUGAUGCUAGAAUAUUUGACGACACCUCUGUUACUAAGCCGAGUGAUAGUCUUAAGCCAAUACUAAUCACUGUGAAGUCCGUGUGAUGUCUACUCUGUAGAAUGGAGUUGGAUUAAUGUUCUUUGUAUGUUUUUAUUGUAACAUUUUCUGACCGGAGGAAUAUCUGACUUAUAGUAACUGUCUUGUAUUUUCUUUCAAAUAGAACCAGAUCUAUACUUACAGAGAACUUGUUUUCUAUUAAAUAACUGUAUAUUGCAGACCAAAUGAGGUUGGAUUAUAUGUUCUGGAAUUGAAAGGCUCAGCACAAUAAAACAUAGUUGUAAC